AUGAGAAGUGCAUCCUACUCCCAGACAACUCUGACAGUGAACAGUGCCAACAAGAUGCGGGUUCAGAGUCCCUCACCAUCCCGCUGUAGGGCAUCUUCAUACAGUCGUGGGCGCUCUGGGUUCAAGGGCACUGCUGUGGAAGUUGGAACUGAGAUACACCAGCAUCGCGCUAAUGAGAAAGAAGAGAUGCAGGAGCUGAAUGCCCGUUUCUCAAGCUACAUUGGAAAAGUCCAUGCGCUAGAACUUCGGAACACAACCCUGAAGGCUGAGCUGGCUGAUCUCCAAGCUCGCUACAAAGGGGGACCUGCUGGGAUCAGUGAAGAGUAUGAGCUGAAGUUCAAGGAAAUGAGAGAACUGAUUGAGACACUGACUAAUGAAAAAGGAGCUGCCGAUAUAGAAAGAGGCUACAUUGAGGAAGAGGUGGAAAUGUGGAGGCUCAAACUUGAGGAGGAGCUGACACUGAAAGAGGAGGCAGAGAUGAUUUUGCGAGAGUUCCGUCAGGAUGUGGAUAAUGCCACAUUGCAGAAGGCAGAACUGGAGAAACGUGUAGAACAGCUGAUCGCUGAGAUUGAAUUCCUAAAGAAGCUUCAUGAUGAGGAAGUAGCUGAUCUGUUGAAGCAGAUUGAGGAUGCCAAGGUGACAGCUGCACUGGAUGCAGACCGGCCAGACUUAGCUGCUUACCUGCGCAGUAUGCGUGCUGAAAUGGAGCUGGUGGCAGCUCGCAAUGUGCAGGAGGCUGAGAAGUGGUACAAGGGUAAGUUUGAGGCACUCAAGGAGCAUGCCAACAAGCAUGAAGAACAGAUGAAGACCAUGAAGGAGGAGAUCACCGUCCUUGAAAAUGAGGUAACUGACCUGCAGAACCAGAUUGAGGGGCUCCGUUCUCGCAUUGCGCUCCUUGAACAGCAGCUGGAGGACAUGGAGGUCAGCCACUUGGAUAAGGUAGCCGGCAUGCAGCAAAUUAUCGCACAGCUGGAGAGCCAGCUGUCUGAGACCAAGAUAGAAAUGAGCAAGUACCUGCAGGAUUACCAAGAGCUGCUUCAUAUCAAGCUAAAGCUGGAUGCAGAAAUAGCCACGUACAGGAUGCUGCUGGAAGGCGAGGAGAAAAGACUUGGGAUUUCCUCAGGUGAAUAA